AUGGAGCCGCAAGUUGUUUUCCUUGGACAUGUUGUGGAUGAGAAAGGGUUACACCCUAUGCCGAGCAAGAUGAAGGCUAUCCAAGAGGCACCAAAACCGAAGAACGUGACAGAGCUCAAGUCCUAUUUAGGAUUUCUAACCUAUUACGGAAAAUUUAUGGGGAACCUGUCCACUACUCUAGCACCGCUAUACACCCUGUUGAAAAAGAGCACAACGUGGAAUUGGUCUACAGACCAAGAAGAAGCGUUCCAAAAGUCCAAACAGUUGCUAACCUCCUCAAACCUUUUAGUUCGCUUCGACCCAACACUGCCGAUUGUGUUGGCAUGUGAUGCCUCUCAGUACGAUAUUGGGGCAGUACUCGCCCAUACGAGGCCAGAUGGUUCCGAACGACCAGUUGGAUACGUCUCGAGGACCUUGAACGAUGCUGAAAAGAACUAUGCUCAGCUAGAGAAGGAAGGGCUAGCCCUCGUCUUUGGAGUCAAGAAGUUCUAUUCCUACUUGUUUGGGCACCCCUUCACACUGAUCACAGACCACAAACCUCUGUUGGGACUACUGAGUGAGUGCAAGUCUACAUCACCCCAAGCAUCAGCCAGAGUAAAAAGGUGGUCACUCUAUUUGUCGAUGUUCGAAUAUACGCUCACUUUCCGGAACACUACAGCUCAUGCAAACGCUGAUGCAUUGUCACGCUUGCCACGGGCCAAGCAACCCAAGAAACAUCUCGAACCAGCUGAAUUAGUAUUAUUGGCAACGCAUCUCGAAAACUCUCCUGUGUCCGCGGAACAAAUCGCUGAAGCCACGCGGAAGGACCCGGUGCUCUCCACGAUAUCACAAUAUGUGAAUCAGGGCUGGCCUAGAGCAACUAUCCCCGGUCAACCACAGCUGAGAGCUUAUUUUGACAAGAAGAAUGAAUUAUCGACCUUCGAAGGAUGUUUGUUGUGGGGAUCCAGGGUCAUAGUUCCAAAGCCGUGCCAAGAAGCAGUCCUCACACAAUUACACGAGGGACACCAAGGAAUUGUCCGAACGAAGGUUUUAGCCCGCAUGUACGUAUGGUGGCCAGGAAUCAAUCAGGACAUUGAGAGAACCGUGAAACAAUGUCUCCCAUGUCAGAAGAUCCGAGCUGAGCCAACCGAAGCUCCUUUGCACUCCUGGAGCUGGCCUUGGGCACGUCUACACUUGGACUAUGCUGGCCCUGUAGAAGGAAAAAUGGUAUUAGUAGUGAUUGACGCCCACACGAAGUGGAUCGAAGCAAUUCACACAUCCACAGCAACUUCCACGGCUGUAAUCGAAACAUGCAGAGAGAAGUUUGCUCAGUUUGGACUGCCAGAGACUGUGGUGACGGAUAAUGGAAGUUGUUUUACCAGUGCUGAGUUUGCAGCGUUCCUCAAGGCCAAUGGUAUUCACCACAUCACGACAGCUCCAUACCACCCUGCCUCAAACAGAUUGGCCGAAAGAGCGGUGCAAAUCGUCAAAGCAGGACUGAAGAAGAAUCAGGAAGGAACUUUUCGUUCUAGGCUGAGCAAAACUCUUGCUGCACAUAGAGUGACCCCUCAUGCUACCACAAUGAAGGCUCCUUCUGACUUGUUACUCGGAAGACGAAUUCAAACGAGACUCGAUUUUCUACGGCCUAAUACAGCAGAGAGGGUUGAGAAACAACAAUCACGACAGAAAAAAGAUCACGAUAACCAUUCAAAGUUACGAGUUUUAAGUGAAGGGUCAAUGGUAUUUGUUAGAAAUAUGCCCUCUGGAGAAAAGUGGAUCCCUGGGGUUGUGCUGAGCUCACGAGGAAACGUUUCCUAUUCAGUGAAACUGGAAGGUGGCAGGAUCCGGAAAUGUCACAUUGACCAAUUGAGACAGAGGCAUGUCGAAACCGAGAGGGUGGAACCUUGCAUACCGGAGGAUGCCCCCGAAAAAGCGACUGUGCCGGCUAACAUUGAAUCCACUUCGGAACAAAAGGCUGAUGAGAAUGUUGAAGGCAUCCCACCAGAUAGUUGAAAAGAGUAUCCGAAGCGGGCUCGCCGUCCAGUGGAGUGGUAUGACCCCUCGUUCGUAUAAUGGACUUAUAAGUUAAAACUGUGACAUUUAGUUGAUAGACCUUCAAUGUAAGGGGGAAGGAAUGUAGUGUACUGAGUAUUUGUUCUUAUUGUAUAAUUUAUGUAUUGUGACGUCAAUAUUUAUUUCCUGUGUUGCUGUAUUUAUACUUGAGUUUUGUCAUUAAUAUCAGUCUCUUUGUGCAAGUAAUUCUGAAUGAUUGUUAUUACUUAUCGUG